AUGGCGCCGCACUUGUUGCGAGCCUUGUCGUCGACUCUCUUGGUCGGUGCGGCUCUUCACUGCGCCGCGACUGAUGCAGGAGAGCCGACGGUUGACCCACAGAACAUUUUCACGAUCCCCGAGAAAGGGCUAGAAGCUGACGAACAGAAAGAAGUCUGGCUCGGGCCUUCAAAGGCAUUGCGCGUCGUCGACAACACCCGUGCGGCGGUGCUUUUCCCACAGCAGGGGGACAACCCCUUGCCAGCGCCCUCGCCGGAGCAGAUGAGCGCCGUCGCGUAUGUGUUUGAGAACGGUGUGUGCGACUUCGAGAAGACUGUAGAGUACAAAAAGUUGUUUCCUGGGCAUGAGAAGCCGCUGUGGGUCCGCACCGCGCCUGCCGCGGCUGCAGGUGCUGAGGAGGCAUCUCCUGCGCCGGCUGCGAAUUACACGUUUACGAAUCCCUCUGCGGAGGUGUUGGGGGGCGAAGGGGCUAGUUUCUGCGUGAGGUUUAGGGUGCAGCGACCACUGCAGCCUCAGCCGCCCACACAGGCCCCAGGCGACACGUCGCUCGGUGGUGAUAACGGCAAAGGCGGUAAGGACCGUUCUGGUCCGAAGGACCUAGUCGAGUCGUCUCCGCAGGAACAGGCGCCGCUGCCUUCGCAGAAUGGCACGCCGCUACCGGGUGCCGGUGCGGGCAUUAGUGUUGGAGGUGCUGCUCCCCAGGGCGACCAGUCGAUUGAGACAGGCGUCCCUGACGCGCCGCUGCGUCUGAGCGGUGACCUGGAGAAUGGGGAUGAGGAGGAUCCCGUGAAGAGUCUUCUGGUGAAAGAUCCCGCACUGGAGAAUGCGCAUUUGGGGGAAUACCAGCCUCAGCCGCAACCUCCUCCUCAUCCUUUGGCAAAGGGUAACAACGAUCACGGCGAAGCCCUUGGAGACGGCGUGUCCGCCGCUCCUGACCCUUCGAGAGUUCAGCAGACCGACGGCAAUGAGCGGGUGGAGAAUGCUGACGGACCUCAGGCCGAUGCCCAGAACCGCCCAGCAUCCGCGGAGCCAGACCUGCAAGCAGGCGCAGACCAGUUGAAUAGCGGAGGGACCGAAGAAAAGCAAGCACGCCUGCGAAUACUUUCAGCGCCCACAGAGUCACAGGACAAGUACCUGACCAUCGUCGUGCACUCGGCUGCACGGCGCGCGGCAGGAGGAAGCGUAGCGGCCGCGGCCCUUCUCGCUGCUGCCGCCUGUCUGCUGUGGAUGUCUUAG